CAACGCGCCACUGCGAGAAAAAAAGACCCAGCGGCAUCCCACCAGCUAUCGAUCCCAUCUGGUUCUUUGUCGGACGUCAUACUAGUCGAAAAUGACCGUCCUCUUUCUCUACACCUAGCCUUUUUUUCUGUUUCCUCCCAGUCUCAUUCCAACCCGGGGCGCCCUCACUCUCUUCAGGCUCAACUCCUGUUUCUCCUCGUCGCUAGGACCCACUGAUGGUCAUUCACCCGCUCAGACAUUCAGCAGUCUAUUCCAAACAAAGCCAGUCCUUUUUUUAUCUGCCCUAACUCAUCAUGAGUGACCUUGACAGGGCGAUUUCGCAGUUACGCGCUUGCCGUCUGAUACCCGAAUCCCAAGUCCGUGAGCUCUGCUGCAAGGCGCGAGAGCUUUUGAUAGAGGAAGGAAAUGUGGUGUCGGUGGAUGCUCCAGUUACGAUCUGUGGAGAUAUCCAUGGCCAAUUUCAUGACUUGAUGGAACUCUUUCGUGUCGGCGGGGAUGUGCCCGACACCAACUACUUAUUCAUGGGCGAUUUCGUCGAUCGCGGUUUUUACUCUCUCGAAUCCUUCCUCCUCCUUCUCUGUCUUAAAGUCCGCUACCCCGAUCGCAUCACUCUGAUCCGUGGGAAUCACGAGUCCCGCCAGAUCACCACCGUCUACGGCUUCUACGAUGAGUGCAUCCGCAAAUACGGCAGCGCCAACGUAUGGCGAUAUUGCUGUGAGGUCUUCGACUACUUGGCGCUGGGCGCUCUGGUCCUUGGAGCAAGUUCAGAGCUGGAACCGACGGGGUCGAACAUGGCCGAUACCACACAGUCCACCAUGCCCAUUGACGAUGGCGAGCUAGAAACCGAAGUGCUCAACUCGAGGGGAGAGGUCACAAUGAGCACCUACAGACGACGGCAGAGAGCGUCAUCGGAUGCGUCAACAGACUCCAGAAACAUAUCCCCACCAAGAGACAUCUCCGCCACCCCAGGUCAGGCGCCUCUCAGGUCCGGUGCCCCCGGCACAGGAGCCUCAGGAGACGGCGCAGGUAGCCUUUCUAGCAGCAAGACAGGCGCAGUCCUCUGCGUCCACGGAGGACUCUCACCACUCAUCGACACAGUUGACAAGAUCCGAUUGAUAGAUAGAAAACAAGAAGUUCCACACGAAGGCGCCAUGUGCGACCUGCUAUGGUCCGACCCGGACGAAAUCGAAGGCUGGGGAUUGAGUCCCCGUGGAGCCGGAUUCCUGUUUGGAGGAGACAUUGUGAAACAAUUCAACUACAAAAACGAUCUGUCCCUAGUUGCGCGGGCCCAUCAGCUCGUGAUGGAGGGCUACAAAGAGAUGUUCGACGGCGGGAUCGUCACUGUCUGGUCAGCCCCCAACUACUGCUACCGAUGUGGCAACGUUGCCGCGAUUCUCGAGCUCGGCGAAGAUGCCAGCAAUGGAGGCACGGUCGCCAGAAGCAACGGUGAAUUUGGGCGGAGUAACGGUGUAAAUGGAUCGGAGUCUCGAGUCGUCAGUCCCGGAAGAAGGUACAGGGUGUUUGAGGCUGCUGCACAGGAUACAAGGGGUAUGCCCGCGAAGAAACCUGUUGCUGAUUAUUUCCUGUAAUACAGUGAUACCAUGUUGGCGCUCACUUGAUUGUUUUCCCUAUGAGUCCUAUCUACACUUUUAUAUAGGCCGGACCGGACAUAGCAUCUCAGUUUUGACCAUUGAUGACGACAAAUGCAUAUGUGACUUGCAUGGAAUGGAACUUUUUGCAUCUGUGAAUCUUACUCCCGUUCUUUGCGGUAUUUAGUGGAAUGAUGUAGAGUAGAGCGUUCGUUUCGCUAUCUAGCUAAAGAAACGACCUGGCCUCUGACUUGGGUUUACGGG